AUGGAUUUCGACAACGAGGAUGCGCUGAAAGAGGGAACUGCCGUCCAUUAUCAACGUCAUGCCACAGUAGACGCCUGGGUGCCUUGGAACCUGAAGAAGAUGGGCCGCCUUCCACCUACUCCGUCCUCUACACCUGAUUCAGCAGCCAUGCAACAUCGUCAAUCCACCUCAAUCGACUCUGCUGUUGUUCUCGAAGACAAUUCUUUUAUGUACGGGGUUUCUUCGCGGGGAAAGUCACCGCCCGCUACUCCAAGGUCACUAUCACGACUAUCUGGCUUUCACUUCUCACCAGAGCGCCCCAGCGGCCCCAUAUCCACUCCAUCGUCACCUGGUUACGAGUCCGACGAGUCUAAUGAAUGGGACCAUAUUUGCAUUGGCCAAAAGGAUGGCCAAGAUGCAUCAGUCAAAGAGAUUCAGGAAGGGAUGGGAGCAGUCUCUUUGAUGUUGCCGGCAGAACCCACGGAACUUGAGCAGGACAUGAACGACGUUGAUUAUCACAGUGAGGUCACUGCUGGACCCGACAAUGAUGCCGUCACGGUGGAGGAGGCAGAUCAUAUUCUGAGUUUCAGUCUACCAACACUUCGCGGGAUCAACAGCAGUGACGUCCCUCGCGAGAUUCUCGAGGCAUGUAAGGUCAUUACAUAUGCGUAUGCAGAACAGAUUGCAGCGAUUGUAGACUCAUUUGAAGAUUUCUUGCAAGCCCCAGUUGAGACGGACAUUCCCUCGUCCGGGGCAGCUGGUACUCUGCCGCAACGCCCAUCAUCAUCUCAAAUCGACAAGUCCACAGGAAAGGGGAAGGAAAAACCAAAAGCGAACAAAAAGAGAAGACUUAGCGACGAGGAAAAUGACCAGGAUGACGAAGAGGAGUCUGGAAGCAUCAUGGGAGACCCAAGGGACUCUGGAGAGGAGCACAAUUCGACUGCCUCAAAGCUACGGUGUAUCUUCCGUGCCCGCAAUCCUUCUCGGUUUAAUGUCAGGGACCAUACCUCGUGCGCCAUGACCAUGUUCACCAAAUUUUCCGACCUCAGGAAACACAUUCUCAACAAACACAUGGCUGACUCGGAGAUUGUGACAUGCCAGCGAUGCAAAAGGGUUUUCCCUCUCGAAAUGCGCUUGAGCUGCACUGCGAACGAGAACCCUGCAACUACAAGCGCUCAGACCCAGAGGACGGAAUCAAUAGCGAGACAGCCUCCCGGAUCAGGUUCAGGGGCCGAGAUUGUGGUCCAUCGGAUGAAGAUCAGUGGAAGCAUCUCUGGCAGCUUGCCUUCCCUGAAGACCCCGACAACAAGAUUGAACCGUUCCACUUUGUUCCAGUUCUCGAACACCAUGAAUUGGAGCCCGCCUUUGUUCAAAAGCUCGAGUACCUCAAGCCUGUCGUCCAGUCCUAUGUUCCUGACGAGGAGCAGUUUGAGGGUCUUUGCGUCAUCAUCAAGUCCUUGUUUGAGUCGGCUGUUCACGAUCUUACCCACAUUGGCUUUGAAGAUGGACUACGUCAAUAGGCAAGGAAGCCGAACCAACAACCGCAUUUCGAGAUCGAUGGCACGUGUGCUUUGGAGUAACGUACAUGACCGUGACUCUGGCAUUGGGCUUGAUUCUUCUGAGACAGCGACACCAAGGACUUCCGCAAGAUACCCUUCCGUGGCUUUGGAGACGACACGGCAAGGGCAACAAGACCGAUCACUGUCUUCAGGUUUUGCCAGUAUCAAAGAGCCAAAGCCGCCCACAAUUCGUGUUCGAUCUCAACUUGGCGCUACAUGUCCUCCUUCACAACAGCGGUUGCAGCCAAAUGCGCCCAUCGACUGUGUACAACCCGAAAGCAGAUGGGGUGGGUUUGAUGCAAACUAUGCCACAAGCCUGCCAUUCCCAACAUCUACAUCCUCGGUGGACACAACCCCUGGAUUCGUCUACUUCCCUGCUAACCUCAGCGACAUCGCCGCCAACGAUCCUGCUUCCGGCUUCUUUCCGUGUGGUGCGGACCCCAAUGUCCACGGAACAAUACACAUUGAUCCCGCCCAGCUGCAGUUUGGCUACCAACAACCUCAUCUCAGUGAUAUGGAUGCUACCAUGAACAAUGGCAUUGCGGGCUACACUGCCCCGGCUAUGAUGAACACGCUGAGCGGAACGAGGGGUGAGAGUGGACAGUGGAUAUAG